GGGAAAAGAGGAAGAAAAACAAGAAACUUGGGGGAAAAGAAAGAGGGAGGGGGAACUAAAAUUGAAAACAGACGCACGAGUCCACCCUCCCCGCCCCCAGCCCCCCUUCCCCCAGCUGAGCCAAUCAGAGGCCGCCCUGCAGCCUUUCCCCCAAAGUGGGGGGGGGGCAGGGAAGCCCACGGUGGUGUGAGCUCCUGGGGCUGCCAGCAGCCCACAGUCCCUGCCCGCCCAGUCUGGAGCUGGAGAGAAGGAGGGACUAGGAGGAGAGCGCCGGGCCCCUCUGACCAGCGGCACCAGGCAGCAGCCUGGGCCGAGCCAUACAGACAGACAGAUCCAGGGCUGCUCCUCCUGGCAGCCCUGCUCCUCCAGAGGGAUGCUUUGGGAGUGAGGCCACUCCUCACCCCCGUAGCCCCUCACUCCCUCCAUUCUCCUGAGGCUCUGGGAGCCUGCAAAGGUCCUCACUGCCCUCCUACCCUGCCGCUGCCCAAUUUCGGAUCCAGCAAAGUCUUUCUGAUAACAGGAGAGGGUAGGCAGUGAGGAGGUCUUCCUGGAGGGGGUGACAGCCCAGCGCCCAGGACCUUGCCCACACUUCAGAAGGCAUCAGCAGCAAGGCAACUUCCAUAAGCUCUCUCUGCCUCAGUUUCCCCAUCUAAAAUGGGACGAUCCUUGUAUCUACCUCAUAGUGUUGUCUGAGGAACAAGAUACCAUGCGGCCUCCGAGUGCCAUGCAAGCUCCUGUCCUCAAAGGCCAGGUGUUGUUGCUGCCCUUGCUGUUGUUGCUGGGACCACAGGCCUCCUGCGGCCUGGUCAUCACACCCCCAGGGCCAGAGCUUGUCCUCAAUCUCUCCAGCACCUUUGUUCUGACCUGCUCGGGUCCAGCUCCAGUGGUGUGGGAACGGAUGUCCCAGAAGCCCCCGCAGGAAAUGACCACGACCCAGGACGACACCUUCUCCAGCGUGCUGACACUGACCAAUGUCACUGGGCUAGACACAGGAGAAUACUUUUGUACCUACAAAGGCUCCCACGGGCUGGAGGCCAGUGAGCGAAAACGGCUCUACAUCUUUGUGCCAGAUCCCACUGUGGGCUUCCUCCCGGUUGACCCCGAGGAACUAUUCAUCUUUCUCACGGAAAUAACUGAGACCACAAUUCCAUGCCGAGUGACGGAUCCGAGACUGGUGGUGACGUUGCAUGAGAAGAAGGUGGAUGUCCCGCUGCCCAUCGCCUAUGACCACCAACGUGGCUUCUCUGGUACCUUUGAGGACAAGACCUAUGUCUGCAAAACCACCAUCGGGGACAGGGAGGUGGAUUCGGACGCCUACUAUGUCUACAGCCUCCAGGUGUCAUCCAUCAACGUCUCAGUGAAUGCGGUGCAGACUGUGGUCCGCCAGGGGGAGAACAUCACCAUCAUGUGCAUUGUGACUGGGAAUGAGGUGGUCAACUUUGAGUGGACAUACCCACGCAUGGAGAGUGGGCGGCUGGUGGAGCCAGUGACCGACUUCCUCUUUGAAAUGCCCCACAUACGUUCUAUCCUGCACAUCCCCAGCGCCGAGCUGGGAGACUCAGGGACCUACAUCUGCAAUGUAUCAGAAAGUGUGAGCGACCAUCGAGAUGAAAAGGCCAUCAAUGUCACCGUGGUCGAGAGCGGUUACGUGCGGCUGCUGGGAGAGCUGGACCCUGUACAAUUCGCGGAGCUUCACCGCAGCCGGACACUGCAGGUGGUGUUCGAGGCCUACCCGCCGCCCACUGUCAUGUGGUUCAAGGACAACCGGACCCUGGGUGACUCCGGCGCCGGCGAGGUUGCGCUGUCUACGCGCAAUGUGUCUGAGACCCGGUAUGUGUCAGAACUGACACUGGUGCGGGUGAAGGUGGCUGAGGCUGGCCGCUACACCAUGCGGGCCUUCCAUGAGGAUGCUGAAGCCCAGCUCUCCUUCCAGCUGCAGGUCAACGUGCCUGUCCGUGUGCUGGAGCUGAGCGAGAGCCACCCUGCCAGCGGGGAGCAGACAGUCCGCUGUCGUGGCCGGGGCAUGCCCCAGCCACACCUCAGCUGGUCUACCUGCAGCGACCUCAAAAGGUGUCCGCUGGAGCUGCCUCCCACGCCGCUGGGGAACAGUUCCGAGGAGGAGAGCCUGCUGGAGACGAACGUGACAUACUGGGCAGAGGAGCAGGAGUUCGAGGUGGUGAGCACACUGCGCCUGCGCCGUGUGGAUCAGCCGCUGUCAGUGCGCUGCACGCUGCACAACCUCCUGGGCCAAGACGUUCAGGAGGUCACCGUGGUGCCACAUUCCCUACCCUUCAAGGUGGUGGUGAUCUCGGCAAUCCUGGCCUUGGUGGUCCUCACGAUCAUCUCCCUCAUCAUCCUCAUCAUGCUCUGGCAGAAGAAGCCACGCUAUGAGAUCCGAUGGAAAGUGAUUGAAUCUGUGAGCUCUGAUGGCCAUGAAUACAUCUACGUGGACCCUAUGCAGCUGCCUUACGACUCCACCUGGGAGCUGCCGCGGGACCAGCUUGUGCUUGGACGCACCCUGGGCUCUGGGGCCUUUGGGCAGGUGGUGGAGGCCACGGCUCACGGCCUGAGCCAUUCUCAGGCUACCAUGAAAGUGGCCGUCAAGAUGCUGAAAUCCACAGCCCGCAGCAGCGAGAAGCAAGCCCUCAUGUCGGAGCUGAAGAUCAUGAGUCACCUCGGGCCCCACCUGAACGUGGUCAACCUGCUGGGGGCCUGCACUAAAGGAGGGCCCAUCUUCAUCAUCACCGAGUACUGCCGCUACGGCGACCUGGUGGACUACCUGCACCGCAACAAGCACACCUUUCUGCAGCGCUGCUCCAACAAGCGCCGCCCGCCCAGCGCUGAGCUCUACAGCAACGCCCUGCCCGUCGGGCUCCCGCUGCCCAGCCAUGUGUCCCUGCCUGGGGAGAGCGAUGGUGGCUACAUGGACAUGAGCAAAGACGAGUCGGUGGACUACGUGCCCAUGCUGGACAUGAAAGGGGACGUCAAAUACGCAGACAUCGAGUCCUCCAACUACAUGGCUCCUUACGAUAACUACGUCCCCUCCGCUCCUGAGAGGACCUGCCGGGUGACUUUAAUCAACGAGUCCCCAGUGCUUAGCUACACGGAUCUUGUGGGCUUCAGCUACCAGGUGGCCAAUGGCAUGGAGUUCCUGGCCUCCAAGAAUUGCGUCCACCGAGAUCUGGCAGCCAGGAAUGUGCUCAUCUGUGAGGGCAAACUGGUCAAGAUCUGCGACUUUGGCCUGGCUCGUGACAUCAUGCGGGAUUCGAACUACAUCUCCAAAGGCAGUACCUUCCUGCCUCUGAAGUGGAUGGCCCCCGAGAGCAUCUUCAACAGCCUCUACACCACCCUGAGCGACGUGUGGUCCUUCGGGAUCCUGCUCUGGGAGAUCUUCACGCUGGGUGGCACCCCGUACCCAGAGCUGCCCAUGAACGAGCAGUUCUACAAUGCCAUCAAGAGGGGCUACCGCAUGGCUCAGCCUGCCCACGCCUCUGACGAGAUCUAUGAGAUCAUGCAGAAGUGCUGGGAAGAGAAGUUUGAGAUUCGGCCCCCCUUCUCCCAGCUGGUGCUGCUUCUCGAGAGACUGCUGGGCGAGGGUUACAAAAAGAAGUACCAGCAGGUCGAUGAGGAGUUUCUGAGGAGCGACCACCCAGCCGUCCUUCGGUCCCAAGCCCGCUUGCCCGGCUUCAAUGGCCUCCGAUCCCCCCUGGACACCAGCUCCGUCCUCUACACUGCUGUGCAGCCCAACGAGGGUGACAACGACUAUAUCAUCCCCCUGCCUGACCCCAAACCCGAGGUUGCUGAUGAGGGACCACUGGAGGGUUCCCCCAGCCUUGCCAGCUCCGCCCUGAAUGAAGUCAACACCUCCUCUACCAUCUCCUGUGACAGCCCCCUGGAACCCCAAGAGGAACCAGAGCCAGAGCCCCAGCCUGAGUCCCAGGUGGAGCCAGAGCCCAAGCGGCCGCCGGAUUCCAGCUGCCCUGGGCCUCGGGCCGAGGCGGAGGACAGCUUCCUGUAGGGGCUGGCCCCCACCCUGCCCUACCCGAAGCUCCCCCUCUACCUCCCAGCACCCUGCGCCUCCUGGCCUGGCCCAGCCUCCCAACAGCCAGGCUGUUCCCAUCAGCUGUCCCCUCUGGAAAGCUUUUGCCCCUGGCACACCACACCCAACCCCUGGGGCUGGCUUAGGAGGUAAGAGAACUGUAGGGACCAUGACCGGUCCUCUGCCUCUGGAGGGCGCAUGUGACUGUGAGCCAGGCUUCUCCCAGGAGACUCAGUUUCCCCAUCUGUAAGAUGGGGAAGGUGGGCUUGGCAACCCACAAUCUGGGAUUCUCACCCUGGCUGACAGAUGUGGAGGCUGGAAUCCCUGAGGAGAUGCUCAAGGUUCAUGAGGUGGUAGGUUAACUUUUUUUCUGUUCAGCCAGCUGCCCCUCAAGGAGCUGCAGCUCUCUCCUUGCACUUUUUCCUGCCCAAGAGCUGGGGAAGGGACCCUAGCAUCUCUGGCUCCUGGCUGAGCUAGGGCCUGGCCUUGGACAGUGUUGCCUCAUCCAGAAGCCACCUCCCCUCAAUGCCAGUCUUUGCUUUCCCAGGCCCAAGCUGGUCUGGGGCCUUCCAAGCUUAAUUAAUGCUGGGGGCUGAGCCAAGGACAGGACACCCUGGCCUGUAGCCCCUGCCCCAGGCACUCGGGGUACACCUCCCCAUAACAUGCCUGUGUCCGUGUCUUCCUGGCCCCAUGGAUCCAGGGGUCUUUUUCCUCAUCAAUGCCAGUCUUACUCCACUCACCAGAGUCUCCAGGGCCAGAUGGGCCCCACGUCUGUGACGAGUGUGUUGACGUGCCUGCAGGAGGUGUCCACACGUGUGGACCAAUGUGGCAUUGGACCCGCUAGAGACCUUGGAGGAAUCCCUCGCCCUCUGUUUUCCCUGUUGAAAAAUGAGCAGGUUGGACUCAUUGACUUCUGGUGCCCUGCCAGCACUAACCUUCUAGAAUAUUCCAGGGGUUGCACACUUGCCCAGAUGAAGCAAAGAUAAACCCUCCAAACCUCUAUCCCGGGUUAGUUGGGGUCUGGGGAGGUUCCAGACUACACAUCACACUCCGGGCAUUCAGGAACUGUGCCCCUUCCCCAGGCCCCUGGCAAGUCCCCAAAGGCCAGCUGCCCAGGCCUUGACUCUGAGUGACAGCCAGUGUCCUGGAAAGCCCCCAGAAGCUGCCCCAGGGACAUGGGGAGCCCGUGGGACCCCUUUCAGCACCCACAUGACCUCUGGAGCUAUUCUGGGCAAAGGAGGCCGAGACGGCAAGUAAGACCACCUGACACAGCCCACCACUCCAGAGCCUGCUGUCCAGGUCUGUGCCGCAGGCCUAGAGGACAGCGAAAGAACAAGAAACCUUGGAUGGGGGACCUGAGGAAGGGGCGCAAGAGGUGGGUACUUUGGGGGGUGUCUUCGCACCUGCCAGCUGCCCCACCCUGAGGCAGGAACCGUAGAACACGGCUUUGUCUGCCCGGGGACGCUCACCUCACUGUGUCUGCCAGCCCAGUGGGCACUGGAGGGGUCUGGGCCGUGAGGGCUGUGGCCAAGACUGCUGACAGGGGAAGGGCUGGACGGAGGGUGAGGGAAGGUCAGCGCCUCUGGGCACCAGCCCCCUGUGUUGGUUGGCACCUCCCCGCCCCAGGACCCACAAAGCCUGGUCAAGGAGAGGGCGUGGGUUCUCACUACGGUACCAAAGAUGUAAUCACCUAGGUUUACAAGUAUUUUUAGGACUCACAUUAACUCACAUUUAUACAACAGAAGUGCUAUUUUGUAUGCCAUCAACUUUUCUUCUCUGUGUACUUUUUUUUUUUUAAGAGAAAGAUUUUAAUAUUAAACCUGGUGCUUCUCACCCACA